AUGGCUAAUUUUUUGCCUUUCUUGCUUACUUUCAUACUUGCAUUUUCAUCUAACACCAAAGCUUCUUCAUUAGUAGCAAAAGACCAAGUUCCAUGCACAAUGUGUGCUGAGUGUGAAAAUCCAUGUCAACCUCUACCACCUCCACAAGUGAUAGAGUGUCCACCACCUCCAUCACUGCCUCCACCACUGCCGCCGUCACCACCACCUCCACUGCCGCUGGCAAUUGUCGAAUGCCCUCCGCCUCCACGGCCUCCAAAGUCACCAUGUCCAAAUAAUUGUGACAUGCCACCAAUGACUCCAUACCCACCACAAUCAUAUUUUCCACCGGGAACACCAUUUUCAUACUAUGUACCGCCAGAUUAUUAUAAUCAUGACAAGAAUAACGGUGAAACAAUGAUGCCAUUUCAAUCAAUACUCUUCUCAAACCGGAAUUUUCACUACUCUAUCUACUCCAUGAUUCAGUGCUUGAUUUCUUUGGUCUUUCUUUGCUUUAUUCCAUAUUGUAUACUUUAG